UUCUGGACAUCCAUAUAUGCAGGACAUGUUUGGUGCGGGCACGGAGACUUCAUCACUAGUUCUAGAACUCGCCAUGGCGGAGCUUAUGCGCCACCCUCAGCUCAUGAUCAAGCUACAAGCCGAGGUGCGGAAGAACACACCCAAAGGACAAGAGAUGGUUGAGCAAGAUAAUCUAGCUAGCAUGCCAUAUCUAAGAGCCGUGGUGAAAGAGACGCUGAGGUUGCACCCACCGGCACCACUCCUGCUUCCUCACCUCUCAAUGGUGGACUGUGACGUGGAUGGCUACAGAAUCCCCUCGGGAACACGAGUCAUCAUCAACGAUUGGGCUAUCAGUAGGGAUCCAGAGUCAUGGGAGAGGGCGGAGGAGUUCAUGCCAGAGAGGUUCAUGGACGCUGCCAGCGCCGCGGCCAUUGACAUGAGGGGAAACGACUUCCAGUUUGUGCCAUUCGGGGCUGGGCGAAGGAUCUGCCCUGGCCUCAACUUUGGCCUGGCUACUGUUGAGAUUAUGUUGGCAAACCUCGUCUACUGUUUUGACUGGGGUCUGCCCAUUGGCAUGAAGGAAGAGGAUAUUGACAUGACAGAGGUGUUUGGAUUGUCAGUCCGUCGAAAGGAGAAGCUCAUCCUGCUUUCGGAACCACAUGCGUGCACAUGUUAGAGUUGUUCCUGCCCACCGGUCUCUGAUGAGUGAGUGAGUGAUCCAUUAUAUAUGCUGUGGACGAUGAUGUGCUUUCUGCCUCAUAUACGAAUAUCCAUAUAUUAUAUGUAUUUUGUAGCA